AUGUUACAAAACAAGCGACGCGCGCGGUUCGAAAACACGAGCGCCCCCUUCGUUCGCGUUUUGGCGAAAGCCCCAACAGACGGGGCCGCGGCCGAUUUCAAGGUCAUCGGAGGGGGCGAAGCUGACAUAUCCGUCCCGACCCGGAUAAAUCAAUUCGGCCCCGUGCCGAGAGCGGCCGAAGACCGCGCGGAAAAACUUCUAACGAAUGUCGCCCCGGCCCCUUUUAAUCAAUUAAUUACU